GGAGGCACUUGCUGGCAAUCCCUGAUACCCCUGCAGCUCGGUGGACCUGCCUUGGGAGUUUACAAAAGCCCGUGAAGGAGCGUGCCUCGGACACCUGUCCACCCCACAUCUCCGGAUCCUCGCCAUGGAACGGAAUAUCCUGCAGACGGUCGGCCUGGCCUUGAUGCUCUUGGCCUUGUGCCCAGGACCACCCAUCCUUGGGCAAACCCCGAACUCUGAUGGGAUACCAUCCCCCAUCACCUCCACAGAUGGACUCACAGAAACCUCCACACCAGGAGAAACGAAAACGUCCACAACAAUUUCCACAACUGGAACCCCACCAAUAACGUCCUCCACAGAAUCCUCCACAACAGCAACCACCUCUGAGGGAACUACAAAAUCCCAUGUGACGGAAAUCUUCACCACCCCCACAGAGGGAUCCAGAGAAACCUCCACACCUUCAGUAGAAAACGAAAACUCCACAGCAAUUUCCCCAUCUGGAACCCCAACAAUAACGUCCUCCACAGAAUCCUCCGCAACAGCAACCACCCCUGAGGGAACCACAAACUCUUAUGGGACAAAACCCCCCACCCCCUCCACAGAGGGAUCCAGAGAAACCUCCACACCUUCAGGAGAAACGAAAAGGUCCACAACUGGAACCCCACCAAUAACGUCCUCCACAGAAUCCUCCGCAACAGCAACCACCCCUGAGGGAACCACAAAAUCCCAUGCGACGGAAAUCUUCACCACCUCCAUAGAGGGAUCCGGGGAAAAUUCCACAUCCUCAGGAGAAAAUGAAAACUCCACAGCAAUUUCCCCAUCUGGAACCCCACCAAUAACAUCCCCUACAGAAUCCUCUGCAACAGCAACCACCUUUGAGGGAACCACAAAAUCCCAUGCGACGGAAAUCUUCACCACCUCCACAGAGGGAUCUGGGGAAAAUUCCACAUCCUCAGGAGAAAACGAAAACUCCACAGCAACUUCCCCACCUGGAAGUCAAGUGACCUCAAACACCACGGAACCCCCCACCUCCCUGCCCUCAAAAACAACUUCCACACCGGCAACCACUCCAACAACAACCUCGACUACACCCCCUUCUUUGAUGUAUUACUCACUCAGCUAUCACAUUGAAAGGGUAUUUAGUGACGACUUGUUGAAUCCAUCCUCCAGUGCCUACAGCAACCUGAGCAUGACAAUUGGGAAGAUGUACAAUGCAGUUUACAACUGCUCAGGGUGCCCUGCUGCUGGGAGGUAUUCUGGAUACAUGGUGAAUUCAUUCAGGCCUGGAUCAGUAGUGGCAGAUACGACACUAUGGUUCAAGGAAGGCAAGCCCAUUUCCUCCGAAGAACUACGUACUGCUCUGAGUCAAGCAACUCCAGAGCAACUGCAGUAUCUGAAGCUGGCCAACAUUGAAGUGAGGAAAUUAGAGUCUGACACUCCCAAUCGCCCAGAAACUGUCCCAGGCUGGGGCAUUGCUCUCCUCGUCUUAGUCUGCAUCCUCCUCCUCCUGGCACUCAUCGCCUUCCUGAUCCUGAUCAUCUACUGGUGUCGACGGAAUCACCGGGGGGAGCUUGAUUUGCUCAGCAACCAAGACUCCUACCACAUCAUGAGUGAGUACCCGAAGUACAACACACACGGGCGAUACGUUGCCCCCGGAAGCAAGCCUAACCCAUACAGUGAGACUCUACCAAGGAACGGUAAUGCUCCCUUCUCCUACACCAACCCCACAAUGGCCAAUGAUGAACUGUAGGCAAAGCACACCCUACAGUUGGACUUGGCAAGGGGGGGUUAGCCAGAACCUGGCUGAGCCAGGUCAAUUCAGGGAUAUUGUUGGGCUUCGGUGUGAAUGUGGGAAGGAUGAGUUCUGCAAACAAGCUUGGAAAUAGCCACUCGCCUAUGGUGAGUUUCAAAUUGCCUGAAGGCGAACAAGCAGCACAAUUUCAACAACUGAAAUAAUCUAUUCCAUUGAUGUGCCAAAAAAAUCCCCCCGUUGCAAAUGUGUUGUGAGCGAGCAACCCUCUCCAAAGCUAGCUGUGUCCCUCAAGCCUGGAAUGUUACACUCUGAGCCAGCGGAACUCCCUGUCACAGGGAUCUCACCAGGGCUCAAAAGAUCAAUGGGAGAUUCUCUUGCACUGGACAAAUUAACUAAGAAGAUGAGGACGAAAGGAAACCUCCUAAGCUGCUGAAUUGUAAAUUCUGAGUUUCCAGACUAUUUUCCCCAUCACCCCUAUGUAAAAGCUGAACUUUUCUGCUGAGUGUCAAAUAUUUACUAAUUAAUUUUAUUUUUAUUAAUAUUAAUAUUCUAUUAGUGAUUUUUGUAAAAAAAAUCAAACUGCAAUAUAAGAGAUCAACAUGUACAUAAAUAUGCAGGUCCUGCUUUCCGAACGCUCACUCUGCAAGAAUUCACUUAUCCAAACAUGAGGAAUUAGUACCCAAACCUUGCUAUACACAUUGCAUAUUCAGAUAUGCAAACAGAGAGCUUUUUUAACUCCUUGUUUGCCUUUUGCUGGUUGGCUAAGGAACAGAACUGAACCGUAGUGGUUUGUAUUUUAGUAAGGUUUCAGAGGGUUUUCUUAAGGGGUGGGGUUUAUUUUGUGUUGUUUUUUUUCUUAUGGCUUUUAGAGGCCAAACUUCCAUGGCUGGGAACACAUUAGAAAUUUCCCCAUAGGAAUCAAUGGAAAUCCUUGUAUGAACUCUUGCCUCCCAAACGAUUUCCAGGGGACGCAUUGUGUUUAGAUAGUGGGACCUGAAUGUACUGCCUUUUGGGGGAGAUUUGUCAGACUAGGAUGCAAAAUCUCAACCCCCGUGAAACCUGGGAGAGGGCAGAGUGCAAUAAUCAAAAUAGCCGUACUCCAAUCUUUUCUCCCCCACAAUCCUGCUCCACACAUGGAACAAUCCUUGCUCCAGACAACCUUGCCAUCUCCCUCGGAAUAUUCUUCCAUCCCCUCUUGGAGGCCAUGUGCCUCUGAAUACUACUUGCCAGGAAUUACAAGUGAGAAGAAUCGCUGUUGUGCUCAGAAUGAUCCUCCUUGUGAGCUUCUCGUUGGGGCAUCUGCUUGGCCACUGUGAGAAUAGGAUACAGGACUAGGUAGGCCAUUGCCCUGAUGCAGCCGGGCUUUGCUUAUGUUCUUAAGCUACAGCAUGCCCCCCCCCCCGAGUAAGAAUGCAGAGAGGCAAGGUGCAUCUUGACCUGGCACCCCCCAAACUUCGGUCCUCCAGAUGUUUUGGACUACAAUUCCCAUCUUCCCCGACCACUGGUCCUGUUAGCUAGGGAUCAUGGGAGUUGUAGGCCAAAACAUCUGGAGGGCCGCAGUUUGGGGAUGCCUGAUCUCGACCUUAUUUCCUCCCUCUCCACCUCAACAAGCAAGAGUUCCAGAGGAGUCAAACCCAGAUGCAUGAAGGAACAAGAUUAACCCAAAAUAUUUAUUUAAGGUGGAGAGGAAAAGAGUGUGCCCUUUCUUCCAACCCAGGCUCCUUAAGCUUCAAUGCUGGAGUUACCUCUCCCCCCCCCCCAAGAAAAAAUCCUAUGCUUCCAUAGGGAUGCUGUCAUUCCAAUUCUUUGGAAGAGGAGGUUUUUGAAAGCCAAAUUUGGCAUCUGCCUUAUCUGUCUGCAAAUCCUGGUGCUUGGGGGGAGGGGUCCUCGUGGACAGUUUUGUACAACAGCGAACCUCAGAAUUAUUGGGUGAAGGGUUUUGGAGUUGGGGGGGAAGGCAAACAGGGAGUGGGGAGCAAGAGGAAGUGCCGUGGCUUCUGUGACAAAUUCUAUAUUUAUAACAUUUAACAAUAAACGGAUCUAUGUUGGUAUCAAGGGUGUGUUGCCUUCUUUGCUUUUGGGGUGGGGACCAGGAACUUCAGAGAGAAGUGGGUCUCUUUUUAUCACCUGACUAAGGCUGCAAAGUUUUUAACUGGCUCGGCUGACACACAGAAAGCGAUGGAAGAUGCACCUGAACCCACGUUUUCUGUGGGGCCCGUGUCACUGACUUUUUGGCUGCAGAGGAGUGGUGGGAGGAACCAGCUGGAAAAACCACCAAAGGAGGAAGGCUCAGAGCCCUGAGAUUGGUGGUGGGGCGACGAUGCAAGUGAUCAGAAGGAGAAGACUAGAAAGAGGAGGUGUAGGAAGGGGGAAAGGUAACAGGGUUUAGUGAGCUGGGAGAAUCGGUGGCAGAGAGGAGUCCAGAAUCAGAGGCAGAAGCUGAAGCAGGAGAGUGAGAUGAGGCAGACCAAGAGGCAAAGAUAAGUCAGGCUGGUGAAGAGUCACAGGUGUCUCCCAGAACUAGAAGAGGCAUGAAAAAGGCGAAGGAUAGGUUGGCUACACACAGGCACAGUCUCCAAUUGCCUGGGGAAAGCCGUGGGGAAACUGACAGCUGUGCGGAGGCAGGGAUUUCAGUCCUGGCAACUGAUUUUCACAGAGGAAGGCUACCGGGAAUGAGCUGCUCUGCUUAUUAAGCCUGACACUCAACCACAUCUGUGGUGAUCGUGCUUUUGCUAAUAAAGAGAUAACUCCAACUUUGAACAGUGUGAUUACUGAC